GAACAUCCUAGUACGUACUGUACUGUCCAUCCUAACCUUGCUUUUUAUAACUCGUCUUUACAGACCUCUUACUUCUUGGAUAGUCAAUUUUCUGUGCUGAUAGCAUAGCCAUCCACCAAGCCUUCCGACCCUUCUAUAUUCUUCCGAGCCCUCAACCAAAAGCAAAAACCACCAAGCCCAAGCGCGCCGCCCCCCCCCCAACAAAAGCCAUCAUGAGCGCACCCACCACCACCAUUUCAGAAAUCAAACUAGUCGAGCAGCUCUUCCUAGACCUGCCCAUCCAGCAAGUCCUCCACUCACGCCGGGGCACCGAGUUCACGGAGCCGUGGACGAGCAUGUACGUCGAUGCGAUCCGGGACGCCCGCUAUGGAGACGCGGUCUGGGCCCGCUACCAUAUCUACGGCGACGUGGAAGACGGCAUCGUCGGCGGAUCGGGGGGCAAGACGGUGCGGGAGGUCAUCAAGGAAGAUGCCCUGUCGUACCGGGUGAACGCACCGGAGGAAUACUUCCAGGCUCUGGCGUUUUAUGCGGGGACCAGCGGUGCGGAUGGGCGUGCGGAUGUGAUUGAGGUCAUUGCUAAUCUGGAUGAGGAGGAGGUUGCUGAGCUUAGGGCUAAGGAGGAGACGGAGCGGAAGAAGGAGGAGAGGGCUGAGGAGGCUGAGAGGGGCACGCAGGUGAGGUGUUGUUGUAUGUAAAUUUGUAUACAAACUACAGGUCACGUGCACGAUUGCGGAGGUCGAGACGCCGCAGGGUUGCGCGGGAGUAGUUACCUGUGCUGUCGCCGUAACAGGGAAACCACUUUAUCCUGCCAGCUGGGGAGACGAGCUUCCAGAGACAUUCAUUGUUGUUUUCAUCCCUCAUCCCAUUUUCCAUCUGGAUUCUUAUUGUGGCCAUCGCUCCCUUACCGGCUCUUUACUUCCGCUCUUUGCUCUAUCCCACGCUUCCUUACCAACCCCCUCAGCGAUGCGCGCAACCUAAAGCGAAACCUCCCGCAGACCAAACGACU